AUGGUUUUGUUGGGAACUGUCAUCAAGAGCAGUGAGGUGGAAGAUGAGAAAGACAAGCUAGAAUAUUCGAUCCCUUAUGAUUUAGAGGUGGAGAUACUGAGUAGAUUGCCGACAACAAAGUCUAUGAUGAAGGCCCGAUGCGUGUCAAAGAUAUGGUCUUCCAUCAUCCGAAGCCAGAGAUUUGUCGAUUCCUACUACACUUUGUCCUCGACGCGAUCGCGUUUUAUAGUCACUUUAUGUAACGGUGGUGUAUACGCCAAGCGUGACGUUGAGCGUUUGUUCAUUUUUUCCUCUUCCUUCGAGGAAGAGAAAUCUUCUUCUUUAGUUGCUACGCUAGACAUGACAAUACCUUCUGUGGUCUUGAAUUACAACUUCAAGUGUCCUUCCAUCCACGGCUUUCUCGGUUGUUGUAGUAGUAGAUUUCAGUUCAUUGUAUGUAACCCGACCACGAGGCAAGUCAUUACCUUACCCAUUAAAUGA